AUGGAUCGGCUUCUUAGUAAUGCACGUCUCAUGAUUGUCUCUGAUCUUGACCAUACAAUGGUUGAUCAUCAUGACCCUGAGAAUGUAUCUUUACUUCGAUUCAAUGCCUUGUGGGAGUCCAAAUACCGGAAUAAUUCUUUAUUAGUGUUCUCGACUGGGAGGUCACCUACUCUCUACAAGGAGUUGAGGAAAGAAAAGCCUAUGUUAACCCCCGACAUAACUAUAAUGUCUGUUGGAACCGAAAUUACAUAUGGUAACUCAAUGGAACCGGACAAUGGUUGGGUCGAUUUUUUAAAUCAGAAAUGGGACAGGACUGUUGUAUGCGAAGAGACAAAAAAAAUUACCGAACUUACUCUUCAGUCGGAAACUGAACAACGGCCACAUAAGGUAAGCUUUUAUGUGAAUAAAGAGAAGGCCCACGACAUAAUGAAAGCUCUCUCUGUACGCUUAGAAGAACGUGGGUUGGAUGUGAAAAUAAUAUACAGUGGUGGGAUGGACCUCGACAUCUUGCCACAAGGUGCCGGCAAAGGGCAAGCACUUGCCUAUCUGCAUAAAAAAUUCAAGGACACUGGUAAAUUACCGAUUAACACCCUCGUUUGUGGCGACUCGGGAAAUGAUGCUGAACUGUUCAGUAUUCCCAACGUAUAUGGUGUUAUGGUCAGUAAUGCACAGGAAGAAUUAUUACAGUGGCAUGCUGCAAAUGCGAAAAAUAAUCCUAAAGUAAUUCAUGCGACCGAGAGAUGCGCGGCUGGUAUUAUACAGGCCAUCGGUCAAUUUAACCUGGGCCCAAGCACGUCCCCUAGAGACAUCAUGGACUUAUCCGAUUCCAAGAUGGAGAAUUUUGACCCGGCUUACGAAGUUGUGAAGCUUUAUUUGUUUUUCGAGAGGUGGAGACAUGCUGAGACUGAGAAUUCUGAGGUUUAUCUUGCCAUCCUGAAAUCUGUCUGUUCUGAAUCUGGCACUUUUGUUCACCCAUCUGGAAUAGAGAAACCACUUCACGAAGCCGUAAACUCGCUAAAAACAUGCUAUGGGGACAAACAAGGGCAGCACUUUCGGGUUUGGGUGGAUCAGGUUUUGCCUGCCAAGAUUGGUUCGGACUCGUGGCUCGUGAGAUUCAAGAAAUGGGAACAAUCUGGUGACGAACGGCAGUGUUGUCUGACUACUGUUUUACUAAGCUCAAAGGGUGUGAGUGUUGCAGAAGGUUUGACUUGGGUCCAUGUGCACCAGACAUGGUUGGAUGGGGCUGGGCCAAACAGCCACACAACAGCAUGGCUAUUUUAG